CGACUCACCAAAGUAGACUGGGAGGGUUUUGCAUUUGCUCCCACUUUGAAUAUCGCUUCGACCUGUGAAGAAGGCUUGCGAUGGCGAAGUCGACGAGCAAGGACGCCCAAGCCCUUAUCCACGCUCUCCGUUCUGCCUAUGCAGCCACUCCCACCAAUCUCAAAAUCAUCGAUCUCUAUGUGGUUUUCGCUGUCGUCACUGCUCUGAUCCAGGUAGUUUACAUGGCUAUUGUUGGAUCAUUCCCAUUCAACUCGUUUCUCUCAGGUGUACUUUCUUGCGUCGGGACGGCAGUCCUUGCUGUUUGCCUCCGCAUCCAAGUGAACAAAGAAAACAAGGACUUCAAGGAUUUGCCGCCAGAGCGUGCUUUUGCGGAUUUUGUUCUCUGCAAUUUGGUGCUCCAUUUGGUUAUUAUGAAUUUCCUUGGAUAAAUCACCAUCUUUGAGUGUUCUAUAAUGGUGUUUCCUUGUACUUUUACAACUAGAAUCAGCCAUAAAACAGUUAUUUGCCAUUGAUGCAGCAAUUUUUCUUAGUUUGUAACUCGCGGAGGUCACUAUUUAUGAAAAAUGGAUUUAACAUCAGAAA